AAAAAUAUCUUACAACCUCGUUUGCGCUCCCCGAGUAGAACCAUCACAAAUUGUGGUACCGUCACCAUCUUCUGGCGGCCAUUCAGAUAUAAUGUAUUAUUAUAUAAAUGUAUGUAUUAGUAUUUGCUUUAUAAAAAUACAUUUAUGUCUUUCAGAUAUAAUCCAAAGGCUGGGUGCCAUUGAGACCCGACUCACUGCCAUUAAAAAGUCCCUAACAGACAAAAUGCCAGAAAAGGCCGAGGUGCAGGCACAAAGCAAAUUAUUGCGCGAAAGCCGCGUCAUAGCGGCAAAGAUGCAUCAUUCGAUUAUCCGCAUCACCCGUGAUUUGGAGGCCGAACAUUACGUGGAGCUCGCUUCGAAACUGCCCAUGUCAUCGGAAGAGCACGUAUUAGUUUUAAGUUGUACGUAUUAGUUUUAAGUUGUAGAUA